AUGUACUUCCCAAGCGCCAUCGUACGGGCGAACAAAGCCUUACCUGACCAAAUAUAUACUUCGGGCUCGCACGUUAUGCUGAGCGAGAAUGUAAGCGGAUUUCCAUGCCCCGAAGCGAUUCGGUCACUUAUAUCGUUCCAGGACUCAAUGUACUACCAGUGGCACCUAGCUGGAACACAGCGACCCCAACGAAUCGCACUGAUGGGCACUGUCGUGUUCCUUCCUGGGAAACAGAAGAUCGAGCAAUCGCAGUUGCCAACGCGGUUCUCGUGUGGUAAGAAAGCGACUGUUAGCAUCGAGGUUGCCUGCGACGGUUGUAGACUUGAAUUCGAGCAAAUAUUCUCAUCUCCUCCGUUGGCUUUCGACCUGAUGGAGAUAGGAUAGAUUAGUUAUUCGGCAGAAAACGAUAUAGAUAUAUACUCCUCGCGGUUAACUACCAAA